AUGAUUCCGUUUUCCUCCAAGGUUUCCAGUCAGAUUCGUUUUCUGCUGCAGAGUUUGACCGACUCCAACUCCGAUUCCGUUUUCCAAGAGCUAUGCAAGUACUCAAUGCAUGGAUUGGAGGGGAGCAUACUACUGCUUCAGACGUGUUGGGAUCACCUCAAUAUCCAUGGCAAGGAUUUGAAAACUAUGAAGCUGCACCCCAUAUAUGCUUCAAUAUUCAAACAUAUAUUGGAUAAACCAAAUUUUAGUACCGUGUUAUGUGAGUCACUGAGGACUGCUCCAAUAAGUGAAGAAUUACUGCAGAAUCUGUCUGGUGCACUACACUUGUCGAUGUCUGAGAAUAUUGGGAUUGGUCUUGCACUGUCCAAUUCGGAAAAUCAUGAUAUCAGAAUGUGUGGAAAAAAUUUCUGCAUGAAUCAGAUUGCAGAGUUGUGUGCAAAUCCCGAGGCAUUUGAGUCUACUGAGAAAAUUCAGCAUAUUAUCAUGUUUCUUAGUCGUUCUGAAGGCCUUUCCAAGCAUGUAGAUUCAUUCAUGCAAAUGUUGUCGCUUGUACGGUUGAGGGACGGGGCCCAAUUUAUCUUAGCACCAUUUCUUCCUGAUGAAUUACGUGCAGAGAAUUUAUUUAGGCACUUAGAUUUGUUUAAUGAGGCUGACGAAGAUGAUUUUGAUGCCAUUCUAGCGGAAAUGGAGAAGGAAAUCAGCAUGGCUGAUGUGAUGAGUGAAUUAGGAUAUGGAUGCACAGCCAGUGUCUCUCAGUGCAAAGACAUCUUGUCACUUUUCUUGCCGCUUUCUGAUGCCACAAUUGCGAAGAUACUUGGUACAAUUGCAAGAACUUACACAGGUCUUGAUGACAGUCAAAACGUGUUUGCUGCAUUCCGUUCUGCUCUUGGUGGAAAUAAUGAUCUGGAUCCACCAUCUUUGACUUCGUGGAAUGUAGAAGUCCUUGUAGAGUCUAUCAAGCAGCUUACUCCAGGAGUUAACUGGAUAAGUGUAAUGGAGAAGCUGGACCACGAAGGCUUCUAUAUCCCUAAUGAGGCAGCAUUUUCACUUUUUAUGUCAGUUUAUAGGCAUGCUUGCCAGGAUCCGUUCCCGCUGCACGCUAUUUGUGGCUUUGUGUGGAAGAACAUUGAGGGUCAGUUAUCUUUUCUAAAGUAUGCAGUCUCUGUGCCGCCUGAAGUAUUUACAUUUGCUCAUUCAGAAAGGCAACUGUCCUAUGGUGAUGCUGUGGCCGAACCAUUUCCACCUGGAAAAUCAAAUCACGCUUGGUUAUGUCUUGAUCUACUGGAUGUUUUAUGUCAAUUAUCAGAGAGAGGAAAUGCAAGUCUUGUCCGUUCGGUCCUUGAAAAACCACUUAACAACUGCCCUGAGUUGUUGCUUCUUGGGAUGGCUCAUGUUAAUACUGCAUACAAUCUUAUUCAGAACGAGGUUGCAUCUGCUGUUCUACCUAUGGCACUAAGAAAUGCAUCAGGGAGAGGUUUAAUUUUUAAUAUCUGGCAUGCUAAACCAGACAUGUUGUUGCGAGGACUUAUAGAAGCGAUGAGUCUUGAUUCAGAGAAUGUUUACCUGAUUUUGGAUGUCUGCCAGGAAUUCAAGAUUCUAUCUUCAGUAUUGGAUAUAAUUCCAUUUUACUUUGGCAUUCGCAUAGCUGCCGUUGCCUCUAAGAAAGAAAUCAUGGACCUUGAGGGUUGGUUGAAUACUCAUUUAUUGACAAAUAAAGAUGCUUUCUAUGAGGAGUGCCUUAAAUUUCUGAAGGAUGUUCAGAUUGGAUCACAUGACGUUUCUGGGAACCGUUUUCAUCCUCCUGUUCCUCUUUUGAAUAUUUAUUUGGAAGCUUGUCCCACUGUUUUAAAGAUCCUUCAGUCUCUUGCUGAUUUGGUUUCCUCCAGUAACUUGUCUGAGGAAAUUGAUAAAUUAGAUGUCUCCCAUAUGCUUGCUAAUUCAAGAGUUAAAAAUGGCACGAGUUCCGACUCAGCUACUGGUGAUAAUUACGCUGAUGACAUUGAUACUGAAUCAAACAAAAUCUUUCAUCAAAUGUUUUCUGGUCAGCGUUCUAUUGAUGAUAUGAUUCAAAUGCUUACCCGCUUUAAGGAAUCUUCAGAUAAGAGGGAACAGUCUAUUUACGAGUGCAUGAUUGCUAACCUGUUCGAGGAGUUCAAAUUUUUCACGAAAUACCCUGAUAAGCAGCUGAAAAUUGCUGCAAUUCUUUUCGGAUCACUGAUCAAGCAUCAACUUGUGACUCAUCUAACACUUGGCAUUGCUUUACGGGCUGUUUUGGAUUCAUUAAGGAAACCUACAGAUUCAAAAAUGUUCUCCUUUGGGACGAAGGCAUUGGAGCAGUUUGUUGACCGUCUCAUAGAGUGGCCGCAGUAUUGCAAUCACAUCUUGCAGAUAUCUCAUUUGCGUGCUACGCAUUCAGAUCUUGUUGCAUUUGUUGAGAGGACGCUUAACAGAAUCUCAGCGGCUCAUGGUGAGCCGGAUGUUGUCCAUAAUGUCACUUCUGAUCACCAUCAUGGGUUAAUCCAGUCUUCUGCUAUGAAUGUGGAGAUUCCAGGGUCCUCAUAUUCUCUGAUUGGACCUGGCACUUCGCAAAUGGGGCUGCAAGCUUCCUCUCCAAUUAAUCUUCCACAGAGAUUGUCUGGUUCUCUGGAUGAGAGGAAAACUUCUGCCAUCCUGUCUAAUUAUAUGAAGCCUGCGUUGUCUGCUUCAACCCAGCCUGCUAUUGCCCCUUCAAGUGAUACAGCUAGCAUUCAAAAGUCACACAGUGGAAUUGGCAUGGCCCCAAUACACUCUGCCUCUCCCAGUUUUCGACGGCCAUCUGGAGUUUCCUCAGCAAGGUUUGGCUCUGCUUUAAACAUUGAAACACUAGUUGCAGCAGCAGAGAGGAGAGAAACUUCUAUAGAGGCUCCUGCUUCAGAAAUUCAGGAUAAGAUAUCCUUCACUAUCAAUAACUUGUCUGCUGCAACUAUUGACGCCAAAGCCAAAGAAUUUACUGAAAUUUUGACUGAGCAAUACUAUCCCUGGUUUGCUCAGUAUAUGGUUAUGAAAAGAGCAAGCAUCGAGAUGAAUUUUCAUGAUUUGUACUUGAAGUUUCUUGAUAAAGUAAAUUUAAAGCCUUUGUACAGGGAGAUUAUUCAAGCCACUUACGAGAACUGCAAGGUCCUCUUAGGAUCCGAACUUAUAAAGUCUAGUGUGGAAGAGCGUUCAUUGCUGAAAAAUUUAGGAAGCUGGCUUGGGAAGAUAACGAUUGGCAGAAAUCAAGUUCUAAGGGCACGAGAGAUAGAUCCCAAAUCGCUUAUUAUAGAGGCAUAUGAAAGGGGGCUCAUGAUAGCAGUUAUUCCUUUUACUUCCAAGAUUUUGGAACCAUGUUCUAACAGUCUUGCAUAUCAACCUCCUAAUCCAUGGACCAUGGGUAUUCUUGGAUUGCUUGCUGAGAUUUAUGCAAUGCCAAAUUUGAAAAUGAAUCUCAAGUUUGAGAUUGAGGUCCUGUUCAAAAACCUUGGCGUGGACCUUAAGGAUGUAAAACCAACUUCUCUUCUUAAGGAUAAAGUUAGAGAAGUUGAAGGUAAUCCUGAUUUCUCCAACAAGGACGUUGGAUCUUCACUACCACCGAUACCAAGUGAAGGGAAGUCUGGAGUAGUAUCGAUGCAGAACCAAGUGGAUGUACAGCUGGAUGUUGCAGCUCCUGCUCAUGCUGGAGGCCAUUCACGGAUAUUAUCUCAGUAUGCGGCGCCUCUUCAUCAUUCCUCUGGAACGAUAACGGAAGAUGAAAAGUUGGUGAGCCUGGGAUUUUCUGAUCAGCUCCCAUCUGCACAGGGCCUUCUACAAGGACAUACACAUUUUCCAGCUAAUCAGCUUCCUGUGCCAGCUGCUAAUAUUGAACAACAAGUUAUUGUCAAUAAAAAGCUUCAGUCAUAUGGCCUACACGUGCAUGUCCAGAGUAUACUUCCAAUUGCCAUGGAUAGGGCGGUUAAGGAGAUUGUGUCCAGUAUUGUCCAACGAAGUGUGUCUAUAGCAACACUGACAACUAAGGAACUUGUUAUGAAGGAUUAUGCCAUGGAACCAGAUGAGACCCUUAUUAGAAAUGCAGCCCAUUUGAUGGUUGCAAGGUUGGCUGGGAGUCUAGCUCAUGUAACGUGCAAGGAACCUUUGCGUGGCUCAAUAUCAGGACAGAUAAGGAACGCACUUCAGAGCUUGAGCAUAACAAGUGAUACUCUUGAAAAUGCAGUUCAACUUGUGACUAAUGACAAUCUGGAUCUUGGCUGUGUGUUGAUUGAACAAGCUGCAACUGAGAAGGCAGUUCAAACCAUCGAUGGAGAAAUUGCACAACAGUUGUCUAUUAGGAGAAAACAUAGAGAGAGUGUUGCUCCCACAUUUUUUGAUGCUAGCCUGUAUGCCCAAGGUCAAAUGGGUGUUUUACCAGAGGCCCUUCGACCAAAACCUGGCCAAUUGUCGCAUUCACAGCAGCGAGUUUAUGAGGAUUUUGCUCGGUUUCCAGUGCAAAAUCUCCCAACUCAGAGCUCAAAUUCUCCACCUGUUGGUCCUUCUGCUUCGCCUGCCAGUGGUGGAAUGUCUCGAGCAUUUGCAUCCACAACUCCAUCUGGCCAAAUAAGUGCAAGCAUUUUCUCAUCUGGCCUUGUAAACACUGGACAUGGUGCUGUUUCCCCGACUCUGGAAAUUGAUCAGGAUGACAUGGAAUCAGUUGGAUCCCAGAUUCCUGCAAGUGUUUCCUCGCCCCACAUUGCAAUUGGUGAGGCUGCACAAAGCUUUGAAAAUGAUAUGGUUACUUCAUUUCCUCCUGAUUCUUCGCCGGAUUUGCAAGUGGCGGAACCUUCAAAUGCUGUCAAAGAACCUGCAAUUGCUGUGCAGCCUGUAAAUGCACCUUUGGCUUCGGAACGUCCUGGAAGUGCGGUCUCAGAGCAUUUGAUGACCACAGGCGAUGCUCUAGAUAAGUAUCAGACCAUUUCAGAGAAGCUUGAAAAUUUGGUGGCUAAUGAUGCCAAGGACGGUGAAAUUCAGGGAGUUAUUGCUGAGGUUCCUCUAGUCAUCAUGAGAUGCAUUAGCCGGGAUGAGGCUGCAUUGGCUGUGGCUCAGAAGGCUUUUAAGGGCUUGUAUGAGAAUGCAUCCAACAGUUCUCAUGUCGUUGCUCACCUUGCUAUCCUGGCUGCUAUUCGUGAUGUUAGCAAGCUCGUAGUGAAGGAACUCACUAGUUGGGUGAUUUACUCUGAGGAGGAUAGGAAGUUCAAUAAAGAUAUCACUAUUGGUCUUAUUCGGAGUGAAUUAUUGAACCUUGCUGAGUAUAACGUCCAUAUGGCAAAGCUUCUUGACGCAGGAAGAAACAAGCCUGCAACAGAAUUUGCCAUUUCUCUUAUCCAGACAUUAGUUAUCAACGAUUCCAAGGUGCUAUCAGAACUACACAAUCUUGUUGAUGCUCUGGCAAAGCUUGCUGCAAGACCUGGAUCUCCAGAGUCAUUACAACAACUGGUUGAAAUUGCUAAGAACCCUGCUAAUGCUGCUGCUAUGUCAUCUGUGGGUGUUGGGAAAGAGGACUCAACGAAAACCUCUAGGGACAAAAAGGCUACCCUGCCUCCUGCAGCAAGCAAGGAAGACUACAAUGCCACGGAGUUGACAGAUUCAGAUCCUGCUGGUUUUCAUGAGCAGGUUUCUGUGUUGUUUGCUGAAUGGUACCAAAUAUGUGAACUUCCUGGAGCAAACGAUGUUGCGUGCGCUCGUUAUGUUUUACACUUACAUCAGAAAGGCCUGCUAAAAGGAGAUGAAACUUCAGAUCGUUUUUUCCGUCGUAUAAUGGAACUUUCAGUAUCGCAUUGUCUAUCGUCUGAGGUGAUCAAUUCUAGCCCUUCCCAGUCACAUCAGGGACAGCCACUCUCUUUCCUAGCUAUUGAUAUCUAUGCGAAGUUGGUGUUCUCAAUCCUGAAGUUUUGCCCCGUAGAUCAGGGAUCCAAUAAGCUCUCUCUUCUGCCCAAGGUGCUGUCUGUGACCGUGAAAUUUAUCCAAAAAGAUGCUGAGAAGAAGAAGAUGGCUUUUAAUCCCAGGCCGUAUUUUAGGCUGUUCAUUAAUUGGCUGCUUGAUUUGUGUUCCUUGGAGCCAGUUUUUGAUGGUGCCAACUUUCAGGUGCUGACCGCUUUAGCGAAUUCUUUCCAUGCAAUUCAACCUCUCAAGGUCCCAGGGUUCAGCUUUGCGUGGCUGGAAUUGGUCAGUCACAGAAGUUUCAUGCCGAAGUUACUGACAGCAAAUGCACAGAAGGGAUGGCCCUAUUUCCAGAGGUUGCUGGUAGACAUGUUUCAGUUUAUGGAGCCAUUCCUUAGGAAUGCUGAACUUGGAGAGCCGGCACACUUUCUGUACAAGGGGACUCUUAGAGUAUUGUUGGUCUUGCUUCAUGAUUUUCCAGAAUUCCUUUGCGAUUAUCAUUUCAGUUUUUGUGAUGUCAUCCCCCCGAGCUGCAUACAGAUGCGAAAUAUAAUCUUGAGUGCAUUUCCUCGCAAUAUGAGGCUUCCAGAUCCAUCAACUCCCAACUUAAAGAUUGAUUUACUGGCGGAGAUUAGUCAAUCGCCUAGAAUACUUUCUGAGGUUGAUGCGGCUCUGAAAGCGAAGCAAAUCAAGAAUGAUGUUGAUGAGUAUCUCAAGACGAGGGCACAAGGGUCCUCUUUUCUCUCUGAGUUGAAACAAAAGCUACUACUUUCUCCAAUUGAUGCUGCUCGUGCUGGGACCCGCUACAAUGUUCCUCUGAUAAAUUCCCUUGUUCUUUAUGUCGGAAUGCAGGCUAUUCAGCAGCUGCAAGCAAGAGCCCCUUCUCAAUCCAUGGCGAAUAUGAAUGCCUUCUUAGUGAGUGCUGCGUUGGACAUUUUCCAAACGUUGAUAAUGGAACUUGACACAGAGGGUCGCUACCUAUUCCUGAAUGCCGUCGCUAACCAAUUGCGUUAUCCCAACAAUCACACUCAUUACUUCUCUUUCAUCCUCCUUUACUUGUUUGCUGAGUCGAACCAGGAAAUGAUUCAGGAGCAAAUAACGAGGGUCCUGCUGGAACGUCUUAUAGUUAACAGGCCUCAUCCAUGGGGACUUUUGAUAACAUUUAUCGAGCUCAUCAAGAACCCAAGGUACAACUUUUGGAGUCGGAGUUUCACGAGAUGUGCGCCUGAGAUUGAGAAGCUGUUUGAGUCAGUGUCUAGGUCUUGUGGGGGCCCCAAACCUGUAGAUGAUAGUGUCGUCUCUGGCGGAAUCCCCGACAAGAUGGCGACUGGUGGAGGUGCUCCGCAGAGAGGAACUGCAGCGGCGGCUGCCGCUAACCUGCGCAGGAGGAGGACAGCUGGCAGUGGUGGGGCAGCAGGAGGAGCUGGAGGGACCAUGCUUCAGUUCUACACCGAUGAUGCUCCUGGGCUCAAGAUUUCUCCCAACAAUGUGCUUGUGUUGAGCAUUGGUUUCAUAGCCUUUGUUGCCAUACUACAUGUCGUGGGCAAGCUCUACUUUGUCCGUAAAGACUAA